AUGGAUCCCCGUCUCAUCAAAAAGGGCCAGGCGAAGUUCGUCCCCCGCCGCUCUCAACGCCCCGGCUUCCGCAAACGCUUCCGCGACAACAUCCAGGGAAUCACCAAGCCUGCUAUCCGUCGUCUCGCCCGCCGAGGUGGUGUCGUCCGCAUUAAGGCAGAUGUGUAUAAUGAGAUCCGCGUGGCCGUCAAGAUCCGGUUGACAGAGAUCAUGCGCCACAUCGUGCUCCUCCUCGAGUCGGUGCAGACGGAGAGGUAUGAGCGCAAGGUCAUCACGACCCGUGACGUUGUAUUUGCGCUCAGCAGGAUGGGGAGUACGUUGUAUGGUUUUUGA